UUAGGGCAAAUUGACCCAUCCAACUUGUAGUAGGAAUCGUCGAUCGGAGCCCUAAUUUUGUUCGGCUUCCUCACCCCACGAGCCUUUCCAUACCCUCCUUCGAUCCCCCCACCCUUCUUCAACUUCCCAAUCUGUGCCUUCGGUUCUUGGAAUCCCCACCGGCACGCAGCGAACAUGCUUCUGUCGCCCGGCCAUUCCCCUCGCCAGAUCUCUACUCCCCCCUCCUCCUCCUCCCUCGCCGCCCGAACCCCCUCGACUGCCGAUGGAGCGCCGUCCUCCUCCUCUGAGGUCGCCGCCGGCAACCCCCGGAAGCGCCGCGCGGCCGUCCUCGACGAGGACACCUACGUCGCCGCCAUAGAGCGCAUCGUCGAGCGCGACUUCUUCCCCGACAUCCCCAGGCUCCGCGACCGCCUCGAUUGGCUCGAGGCCGUCCGCUCCGGCGAUCCCGUCCUCAUCCGCGACGCCCAGCUCAAGAUCCUCGAACGCCGGGCCGCCGCUGGAGAACCCGGCGCCGCCACCGCCUCCGCACGCCGCUCCCGGACCCGCACCCCCGGAUCCUCCUUCUUCCCCUCCUCCGCCACGCCCUUCGGCUCCACCCCGUCGAUCCCUCCCGCGGGUGAUGGUCCCUCAGGCCCCGCGACGCACGACGAUCCCUUGGCCGACGUCGACACCUCCCUCUCGCUGGAUGAGUUCCUUGGUCGGUACACUAGCGAGGAUAACGAGAGCUUCUCCAAGAUCAUGGAGAAGGUCAAUCGCAAGAGGAAAGAGAAAUAUGCCCAUCUGUUGGAGGGCGAGAAGGAGACGCCGAUUAAAACCCUAGAAGACGUGGAGAGGGACCGGAUCACCGAUGGAUAUGGAACCUCCGGGCAGCCGGUUAGCACCUUGGAUGGUUGGAAGUACACGGCGAAGAAUCUCCUCAUGUAUGAUCCGGCGGACAGGGGCGAGGUGCCACUGACCGAGGAGGAGCAGGCCGAGCGGCUCAAGGGCCUCACCAAGGAGAUCAACCGUUCCAACACCCGGUUUCACGGCAAAUCAGCAUCCGAAUCAAGGCCCACGAAGGACGAGGAGUCUGUCGCAAUUCUCUACACCCCGGUAGCUGGUACCACUCCGACUGGGGCUGCUUGGCCUUUCGCUGAUCGGGAGGCUGAGAGGUCUAAAAAGUAUGACUUGGAGGAUUUGAGGAAAACACCGAACCCCUUCUUUGAGGAAUCAACCAAGAAAGGAGAGAAUGGCUACAGCUUUGUCAGGACUCCGUCCCCUGCACCAGGUGUUGAUGAAUCCCCAUUCAUGACAUGGGGAGAGAUAGAGGGUACACCUCUGAGAUUAGACCUCGAGGAGAUGCCCGCCGGCAUAGGUGGAAGCAGUGAUGGGCCUCACUUUAGGAUCCCUUUGCCUUCAUCUCGGGAUGUGAAAGCUCAUUCUUUGGCGAGGGAAGCUGCACGAAAGGUGAGAGAGAGGUCUAAGAUGUUUCAAAAGCCACCAUUGCCAUCACCAGCUAGAGGAGGCAGUGCCAGCCCAAGUGUGCGAACACUUUCUCCAGCUGCUCAGAAGUUUGUUAGGAAUGCCAUUGCCAAGUCUUCUCGCUCCGUGGAUGAGACUCUUCGAGCUAGCUAUCGUGGGUCUAGCCCAUUCGCAAGCACCCCAAAAGAGAAGACGAGGUUUUCAAGGGAUGGGAGCUUAGGAUCAAGAUCUCCUUCAACAAGACAGGGAUCUACUCCUCCCUGGCCAACUGACAUCAACGCAUCCAAUUGCAGCCUAAACAAUGGCGGGAGCAUAGAGAUGUGUGCUGACUGCCGAGUCCAUGAGAGAGAGAGAGAGAGUUGGAGGACAAGGUGAUGAUGCCUGUGGCCCUUCCAAUAAUAAGCCAAGGAUCAAACCCCCCCCCCCCCCCUCAGGAACAGAGCUGCUGGUCAACACCAGACUCAGUCGAAGACAAAUUAUGGUCUUCUUCCAUCGGAGAAUCACAAGCAUCACUGCUCCUGUUAUUGCUCAUGUCAUGUUGGGGAGACCACCAACAACGCUGAAUCCAACACCAUUUAGAAAUAAACCCUCCCUACCAACUCCCACAUCCAUCUUUGUCUCUUCUCCCCCACCAGUUUUAUCUUAUUCCCAACCAUCACGUUCCUGGAGUAAACCGCGGCGCUGAAGACGACCACUUUAUAAUGACU